GCAUGCAAGAAGGAGCUGAAGCUUCUGACUUGGAACGUUGCAGCGGUCAACAAUAAUCCGUUCGAAUACUGGAUUACUCACGAAGACGCGGGGUAUGCGUCCCUUAUGGAGGGGGUCCAGAAGUUCAUCAGCGAGCCAGGAGAGCAGGACGUUGAGGUGGAGAAAGUCUUCACGGAGAGUAUGUUCGACGAGCUCAUCCAGGAGAUGACUUCGAAAGGAGCACAGGGGCUGGCUGAAGUCACGACAAGGUGGAAGGAAGAUCUUAAGGGGAGGAAGAUUAUCAGCGGGUUCAUCAAGGACAAGCAGAUCGGCAAGAAGAGGCUCGCCUCCAUGCCCGACAGAGUCACCAACUCUAUCCACCUUGAUGGCGGCGGGCUAGCGCUGCGGCCGACCGUGAUCAACUGCAUGGAGGAGGAGAUACCGGAUAUGAAUGGAUGGUGGAAGAAGUGGAAGAGCUUCAUGUUCAAGGAUGUGCUUAGCUUGCCAAAGAGAGAUGGACAGAGCAUGAAGAAGGUUCCGUUCGAGAUGCUGCAGAGGAUUAUGCGCAGCAAGUAUCCUGAGAUCACGGUAGAGGAGGAGGAGAUCAGUAUCCCUCUACAAACCGUCUGCCUUGCAAUCUUCGACUCGAUCCUCGUUCAUAUGCUCAACCAAGUAGCAGCGUCCUCAUGGCAGCCCAUAAGGAGGACUGUUUGCAAGGCGCUGAACAAAGACAAGGACAAGAAGAUCAUGUCGAUUCUUAAGAAUGUUUACGGAGAUGCAGACAUUCUCUUCUUGCAG